AUGUCUCCCCAGCCGUUAGAUACGAACGUGGAGAGGGAUGGGUCUCUACUCACCCCAUCCCGUUACGAUGAUGACGCCCUAUCGCUGAACAGCCGAAGCGACCAGGAUACCGACAGCGAAGAUGACGAAGUACUCGCCGCUGCGCGGAACAGCCGGGAGCUGCGCGCUCGCGACCGUAUGGUGCUGGUGGAGGAGGAAGAGCUGGACAAGCUUAUCGUCGACGAACGGGCCCACCAAGAGCGCCAAAGGAGAGGCAGCAGCCUGCAGAGACGAGGGAGCAAUCUUUCCCUGCCGAACCCCAUAACAAUAUUUCGGAAAUACAAUCGCGUGCGGCCGGCGAGCGCAAUCGAGGAUGCGGGAAGCUCCGCCGAGGACCUACACGAGGAGAAGCGAAGGAACAGACGGAUACGACGUAGGGAAAAGAAGGACCGUCUCCUCAAAGAGGCUCGAGACGGGGAGGACGGGGCGCUGAUGUACGAGAUGGAGCAGGGAGGGCUCAAGGAUGGGAGUUCAACCGGUGAAAGCAGCGAUAGGGACGGCGUCGACGAAACCGACCGCGAGUACCUGAUAAAACAGGCCCCAGACGCCAAACCCGCGAAGAAGAGGAGGUGGAGGAAAUGGCUACUCAUACACGCCGUUCUAGCCCUCAGUCUCACAUCCAUCGCCCUGAUCGUCUGGAGGGUAUCUUUGGCUAAGAAAUCAGUAACCUCCCAGUCGCAGUUAGCCAGCAACGGCACCGCUCUAUUCCUCCCGACUACCCUCAUCAUCAGCCUGGAUGGGUUCCGCGCGGAUUUUCUGACACGAGGCUUGACACCGAGGCUGAACGCCUUCAUCAAGGAGGGGGUGUCGCCUCUAUACAUGACGCCGUCCUUUCCCUCCGUAACGUUCCCCAACCACUACACCCUUGCAACCGGCCUGUACCCCGAAAGCCACGGUGUAGUCGGCAACACUUUCUGGGACCCGGACCUAGAAACGGACUUCUAUUAUACGGACCCUGACCGGAGCCUCGAUCCGAAGUGGUGGGGUGGCGAGCCAUUCUGGGUCACCGCCGAAGAACAGGGCGUUCGCACCGCGAUCCACAUGUGGCCCGGAAGCGAGGCGCACAUCCUAGGCAAGGAACCAAGUUUUCUGGACAAGUAUAAUGGGAAAGAGAAGCUGCCGCGAAAGGUUUCUCGAAUCCUCGAGUUCCUCGACAAACCUGGGCUGGAGGAUCAAGACGCCGACCCCGAGGACAUGAGACCGCAAAUCAUAGCAGCAUACGUCCCUAACGUCGACUCCGACGGCCAUCGCUUUGGACCCAACAGCACCGAGAUUCGGUCGACGAUCAGCGAAGUCGACACCAUGCUCGACCAGCUGUUCCACGGUCUCGAAGCGAGGAAUCUCACCGACAUCGUCAACGUUAUCAUCGUCUCCGACCACGGUAUGGCCACCACGGACGUCAGCCGGAUGAUCCAGAUCGAAGACCUGGUCGACUUCGAAAAAGUCGGCCACCUCGACGGAUGGCCCUUGGUGGGCAUCCGGCCGAAGAACCCAGAGGACCUGCAGUCCCUGUACGAGCAGGCCGCCGAGAAGGGGAAGACGAACCCGAAUUUCGACGUCUACCUCCGGGACGAGAACAUGCCGGAGCGCUACCACUUCAGCAACAACCCGCGCAUCGCGCCGCUGUGGAUCAUCCCGAAAACCGGCUGGGCCAUCGUCGACCGGAACGAGUUCGACAUCGAGGAGGCCAAGGCCGCGGGCGCCGUCUACCACCCCAGAGGACUGCACGGCUACGACCACGAACACCCCCUAAUGCGCGCCAUCUUCGUGGCCCGGGGGCCCGCCUUCCCCCACCAGCCGCACAGCAAGGUGGAGGUUUUCCAAAACAUCAACGUGUACAAUAUUCUCUGCGACUCGGUCGGCAUGACGGCGAUGCCGAACAACGGGACGCUGCAUCUGCCGCUCAGGGUCGUCGGCCUGCACAGCCCGGAGGAGCUUCCUGAGGAGCCGGCCGACCCAGUCCAGUCGACCGAGACGACGGCGGCAACGACGUCGUCCGUCGCCCCGGCCGGCACAAGCGGCAGUCCCGCAGCCUCUGGGCCCCCCUCCCCGACCGCUGCGGCCGCCGGCAAGCCGGCGGAGCCCAGCCCCGCGCCGCCAGACGACGAGGCUAAGGGUGAGGACGGGAGCCAGGAAGGCGACGGCAGCCAGGACGAAGGCGGCUCGUGGUGGACGAACGCGUGGGAUUGGGUCAAGGGCCAGGUCAACGAGCUCAUCGACUCGAUCAAGGGACUCGGCGACGACAGCUCCUAG